AGUUUCAGUAUUGUAUUUAUUACUAAAAGCCUCCUGUCACUGCAGAUUUCAUUUACACAACUAGAAAGAAGAAGAUCAAAACUUAGAAUCAAUUAGGCAUGGAAGCUUGCUGUCUUACAUCAAAUUCUUUUACAAAAACCAUAGAAUUUGGUCCAUCAAUCAAAGCAAGAACUCUGUUCAACCCCAAGAGAUGUUCUAAUCAGUUUGUUCUCAAAAGGGUUGCUGCCCCUUCUUCUAUUUCAUGUUGCCACUCGGAGUCGUCAUCACCGUCCGAUGACAAAAAGAAAGGCUUUGUUGAUGCUGAUUGGAGAUCGUUUAGAGCAAGAUUAGUAGCUGAAGAACAAGCAGCGUCAAGAAUCCAACCUCAAGAGCCUUCUGCAUUUGUUGAUCUUGAUACGGUGGUGGAUUCUCCACCACCGCAAAUCAAUAUCGGAGACAGAUGGGCCCAUGAAAUUCAUGAGCCCGAAAAGGGUUGUUUGCUUAUUGCAACAGAAAAGCUCGAUGGGGUCCAUAUUUUCGAACGGACGGUGAUCCUACUCUUAUCGACUGAGCCCAUAGGCCCGUCUGGGAUCAUACUCAAUCGACCGUCGCUUAUGUCGAUCAAGGAGAUGAGAUCGACAACCCUAGACGUAGCGGGGACGUUCUCGGAUAGGCCAUUGUUCUUUGGUGGUCCUUUGGAGGAAGGGUUGUUUUUGGUGAGCCCAAAAGUGGGUGAUGGGGUGGGGAAGAGUGGGGUUUUUGAGGAAGUAAUGAAAGGAUUGUAUUUUGGGACCAAAGAGAGUGUGGGAUGUGCAGCUGAAAUGGUGAAGAGAAAUGUAGUAGGGCCUGAAGAUUUUAGGUUUUUUGAUGGGUGUUGUGGGUGGGAGAAAGAGCAAUUGAACGAGGAAAUACGGGCUGGUUAUUGGACCGUUGCCGCUUGUAGCCCAAGAGUUAUUGGGCUGGAUUGUGUAGGGAGUAUUGGGCUUUGGGAUGAGAUCCUUGGGCUUAUGGGCCCAAGAAAAGUUUGGUGAGGUCUAACUUUGUGAAGCUUUUUAGAUGCUUAAUUAAACGGUGAGAUUGCGAAUUUUACCUACAAUGUUAAGGGUUCGAAUUUCAUUGGAAGCAGCUCGGCCAAGGGCAUUUACCAAGGCCCCGAUCAGGAAUUAGUCUCAUACCUUUAGAUGUAGGGACAUCUUGAGGCUUUCAAAAAA